CGAAAACAGACACUAGCACUGACAAGACUUGUACCAAUGUGAACAUUUUUGACCUACGACUCACAAACCGCGCCCUUUGACAUGAUGCCAUGUACAUUGGACGUGCAUUCGUGCCAUUGAGUGAGUCAAAUGGGGACUGGCCUUGCCGAAGCCGCGUUUGCAUUGGAAAUCAACAUCAGGCUCGUGAUGUAUAAAAGACGCGGCCCACGACCUCCUUCCCAGGGUCUUAGAUCUAGACCGUAUAUUAGCAAGCAAAACCAAGCACGACAUUGAGUACAUUACAAAUCCAGUGACGAUACCUCAAAGAACCAUCAAGUCAACCACUUCUCCGUUCUAUUAUUACUACUACUCCCCUUCCUCCACAUGACUUCCAUCGAAUCUCAACAAUACCUCAAGGCCAUCCUCCGGGACAAGACAGACAACAGCAAGACAAGUAACAACAAGAACAACAACAGCACGAUGUCUGGCUCCUUCUACGAAUCAGCUUUUGUGAUCCCUCACAUGCAGGCUUCUGCCAUGCCUCGUAGGCCUCGCCAGCCUGCGCCGGCACCACGAGCAACUGUUGGCGCCAUGUCCUCAGAGUCAACACUCGUCGACAAGGACGGCGUUCCUGUGAUGUCCAAGGAGAAGAACGAAGCCAAUGGCGACAUCUCUGGUUCAUCAUCAUCGAGCAAGAAUCUACUCAAGCGUCUUUUGAAGAAAGCUUGAGUUAUUUUUGCAGAUACAAAAGACUCAAUUGGUCAAAUAAUUCGCGCUCUACCGCAUCACAUGGAACUUUAGAGUCCCGGGCUGGCGUCAGCCUCCUGCUGAUCCUUCUACCCUAAUACCGCGACAACUGCGAAUCACUUGAGCACUCAUACCCGUAACGGUUGCAUGGCUGCAGUCUUACAUCGGACCAUAUGCAUACACGUUCUUGCCAAGCCUGGUGGUUUCCAUCAGAUGACCAACCGCACUUGCGCAGUUGCCAGGUUCAUUUGGCCAAUAGUACGACAAUGCAUUGAUCCUGCACCGCAACUUAGUGCUCCUUCAAACACAUACACUCUUUAAUCAUAAUCCGACAUCCAACUCGAUGCAGCUGGGAGAGUACACGUUGGCUUGGGGGCGAGUUGGCUUGGAAUUGCCUCAUUCUGUCUCUUACACUUUCGAAGCCGCGGAGGACAGGGUUGGGCUGAGUGUAACCAAACACUGCGGCUCUUUAUGAAUAACAUGACCCUGGGAGAUGAAAGUCAGCCUGGAACAAAGUUUUUGAGUCGGAAAGACCACAAGGGUUGGUUUGGCCUGAGCCUCCAAGGCCAGAGUUUUCACGCAACGCCUCGGAACCUUUACGACUGCAACUUGUUUUCCAUGGUAGUUUAGACUUCUACAAAAUCAGACAACAGGAAGCGGAGAAAUAUAUUCCAUUUAUUCAUUCAACC